AUGGACCCUAAGCCUCGGCCAAGUGAUAUAGCAUUACUGGAUGACUAUCUCUCGCACCCCGUCCUGAAGCCGGAUGUUUCCUGGGGCUUUAAUAUCUACCGCUGUGGCUACAGCAGUGACAAGGCGUGGCAGCGCAUGCUGCACCUUAUUGAUGAAACUAUUCAAGAAACAUUAGAGGUUAACGACGCAAUGGAAAUGUAUCCGCGCCAUAAGCCGGUUAUAGUGGAUGAUAGGGAGAUUUUGGAAGGGGCAACCUCACAUGACGUCCGAGAUCGUUUCAUCGCUUGGGUGUCUGAGGAAGUGCCCCGGGUGGUAUCGCGACCAGAGGAGUUCUUCGCACGCGAAGAAUUCAGCACGACCCUCCGUCGGGAAUGGACUCUGGAUGAGGGAUCCCGUGGUGAAGCUACUUUGGGUCAAUGGGGACCACUAGAGCCUCAUGAACGAAACUAUGCCGUGCAUCCAGACUAUGAGGACGGUGAGACGGAUGAGGAUGAUGAGGAUGUUGGCUGGACGUACAUGAGCGUGAUUGACUAUAUGCGUUACUACAACCAUCUGAAUGAGUACGACUGGUGGUAUAAUUUCUACGCGCGGCCGCCAUAUAUGAUCGAGGAGGAGCAAAUUCCAGGGUCUUGGAGGAAGGGCUGA